AGAUGGCGGCGGUGCCGCGGUGCCCGUGAGGGAGCGGGGCCGGGGCUGCCCGGCCGGGUCUGGGUCGGGGGGGGCCGGGGCGGCCUCGGAGCUCCAUGUCGGGGCCCCCCCUGCGGGAAUAAUGAUCAGCGCCCCCGACGUGGUGGCCUUCACCAGGGAGGAGGAGCUGGGGGACGAGCUGUACCGGGAGCCGCCGCUGCCCGAGGAGUACUCCGUGCCGCUCUUCCCUUUCUCCGGCCACGGCUCCAACCCUUGGGCCAAGGUGUCCAGCUCCAAGUUCAGCCGGGAUUUCAUCCUCAUCUCCGAGUUCUCGGAGCAGGUGGGGCCGCAGCCCCUGCUGACCAUCCCCGAUGACGCCAAGGUGCCGGGCAGUUUUGAUCUCAAUUAUUUCUCCCUUCGGAUCAUGUCGGUGGAUUAUCAGGCUUCUUUUGUGGGACACCCUCCCGGCUGUGCCUACCCCAAGCUGAACUUCGUGGAGGAUUCCAAAGUGGUGCUGGGGGACUCCAAGGAAGGAGCCUUUGCCUAUGUGCACCACCUGACGCUGUAUGACCUGGAAGCCAGGGGCUUUGUGAGGCCUUUCUGCAUGGCCUACAUUUCUGCUGACGAGCACAAAAUCAUGCAGCAGUUUCAGGAACUCUCUGCUGAGUUCUCCAAAGCCUCCGAAUGCCUGAAGACGGGGAACAGGAAGGCGUUCGCUAGCGAGCUUGAGAAGAAACUGAAGGAUCUCGACUACACCAGGACUGUGCUGCACAACGAAACUGAGAUACAGAAGAAAGCCAAUGACAAAGGGUAUUAUACAACCCAAGCCAUCGAAAAGGCCAAUGAGUUGGCCAGCGUGGAAAAGUCUAUUAUUGAGCACCAAGACCUGCUGAAGCAGAUUAGAUCGUACCCCUACAGGAAGCUGAAGGAGUCUGACUUCCACCCCUAUGAGCCUGAAUGUACGCUGGAUCAGUCUGGCGCAGGCAGUGGGCAGGACCUGGCUGCCUCAGACCCUGCUGAGCCAGGAGAAAUGCACCUCUACUCCCGCCUGCCCUCCUACACUCCCAAACUCAUCAAAGCAAAGCCUGCCAAAUGCUUUGACAAGAAGCUGAAAACGCUGGAGGAGCUCUGUGAUAUUUAUUUUUUCACCCAGACCCUCGAUCAGUUGCAUCACAUUGAGAGGACUUUCAGAGGUGAUGUGUGCUACCUCCUGACAAACCAGAUCAGUAGGGCACUUCUGAAGCAACAAAACGUAACUAACUUUCUAUUUGAAGAUGUAUCUUUUCUGGAUGAAAAAGCACCUGAAAACCAGUACAGAGGCUGCCAGGGACUCAGUCAAGAUGCUGCUGAAGUAAAGUGUUCAGAAGAGUCCUCUGCUCCUAAGGUGGUUAUCAGCAUGGGGUCCUACAAGUCUAGUGUGGAGUGCGUCCCAAUAAAGAUGGAGCAGGACAUGGGUGACCCUCAAGAACCUGUAAUGACAGAAUCCCUAACUUUUGAACACCAGGAGAACCUGGACUAUCUCGAUGCAGACCUCAAAGGGAGUAUCAGUAGUGGUGAAAGCAUUGAAGUUCUUGGAACAGAGAAAUCUGCAUCUGGGCUGAUGAAAUCGGAGAGCCAGGCCAGCCUGCCCAUCAGCCCGAGCCCCCAGGUGGGCAGGAGCAAGGUAGGCAGCCGGAGGACUGUCAGUGAGGACAGCAUUGAAGUCCUCAGUACCUGCCCCUCUGAGUCUCUUAUCCCGGAAGACUUCAAAGCGAGCUACCCAAGUGCAAUUAAUGAGGAACCUUACGUGGAUGAUGAAGAGGGAGGCCUUCGUUUCAACCCCAGAUUAAACCCAGGCAAUGCUGACGAGCAGGAGGAUGCCUCAAACCAGGAAAACUUGGCGCAGAUUGAUUCUGCUUGCUGUAUUGGGAAGGAAAGUCCCAGCUUCCUUGAGCCUCUACCUGAUCUGGGCCAGAAGCAGUGUGAUGAGGAUGGUGUGGUCAGGAUUCCCCCUCAGCCUUACCGACAGGCUGAGCAGGGGCUGCGUAGCAGCUUUGUGGGCUCCCCACCCUGUGAUAAUGCUUCAGGGGGGCUCCUUCCCCACGAGCUCGAUUCACGCUACCCCACAGCGGGCAGGGAGGUGAGCAGGACCAGCCUGGAUGAGUGCUCAGACUCCACAAGCUACAUCAGCAGCGCUGCCUCCACCUGCUCCGACCGAACACCAUCUCCUGCUCACCCCGUGUGCCUCGCAAAUGAGAGGCACAAAAAGAAGGCUGGGCAGAACGCGCUGCGGUUCAUCAGGCAGUACCCCUUUGCCCACCCUGCAAUAUACUCUCUGCUCAGUGGAAGGACCCUGGUAGUGCUGGGGGAAGAUGAAGCAAUAGUCAAGAAGCUGGUGACUGCGCUCUCCAUCUUUGUGCCGAACUGUGGUGCUUAUGCCAAACCUGUGAAACACUGGGUCACUUCCCCUCUGCAUGUGGUGGAUUUCCAGAAAUGGAAGCUGAUUGGGCUCCAAAGGACCGUGUCUCCAGCAGGAGUGAAUGUGCUGCACGCCCUGAGCCGCUACAGCCGCUACGUCAGCAUCCUGGAUGCAGACAGUAAGACGCUCCGCUGCCCACUGUACAAAGGCACCUUGGUGGCCAGGCUGGCAGACCACCGCACACAGAUCAAACGGGGCAGCACCUACUACAUGCACGUCCAAAGCGUCCUCACCCAGCUGUGUUCAAAAGCCUUCCUCUACACCUUCUGCCACCAUUUGCACCUUCCCAUCAACGAAAGGGAACCGGAGGAAUCCGUUGUGAACCGCAGGAUGAACUUUCUGAAGCAUCACCUGGGCCUUGCUAAUGAAGAUGUUAAAAUUGUACAGUAUUUAGCUGAGCUGCUGAAGCUGCAUUACAUUCAGGAACCCGGCCAGGGGGUGAAUCCUCUGCUCAGAUUUGACUACGUUCCCAGCUUUUUGUACAAAAUCUAGCAGCACGUAGGCUGUCAGCCUGCAUACUUGGAUUCUGAUAGAGAUCAUCCAUGCUUGGCAUUGAUGCUGUCCGCAGUAGCUGUCAUACAUCAGGAAGGGGCAAAGAAGACAUUGUAUUUGCAAGCAUUUCUGCUUCAUAGAAAUCAGUGUCUGAGGGACUGAAUUUCAGUGUGGUUCCCUGUUGCUGAGAAUGUAGAUGUUCCAUCACGUAAAACACUGGGCACUCUGUUUUUAAAUGUUAGAAGGGACACUAUUAAUGCUUAAAAUAUAUCAUGGUAGCAUCCCAGGGGGAUUAUGGCAUGGAGGGAGAGAUGAGCAGUGCUUAGUGGUGUGCAGCUCCCAAAACAUGCAGGACUCUGCACUUCUGCCAGAGCCCUGAGUGUUGUUGCUCCUUUCCAUGGAGCCAGAGCAGAGACCAGGAGGGAAAUAUAAAGGCUAUAUGAAGUUUUUAACUCAAUGGUGUCUCGUGUGAGCAUGGGAUGUAAGCAGUGGACACAGUGUGUGUUUACCUAUGUGAAGCAGCAGCCAAUGGUGUUCUUUCCCAUGGUUUCUCAGCUUUGUUAAAACCUGAAAUGGAGUUGAACACUUAAAGUAGGCUGGCACCAAGGCUCUGCUGCUGUGAAUGUAGAGCACUGUGCCUUGUUAAUUUGUCACGUCCUGUUUGCUGGGAGAGCUCUGAGAAGGGUGGGAGGGAGACCAGGAAUCCUAAAAGCUUGUGAAGCUGGGAGUGACCUGCUAAGGAGAGAUGGGGUCUGAACUGAAUGGGCUCUAAGGUGCUUUUUGUGUUGGAGAGACAAACAGUGCAAUGCAGCUGAAGUUACGCUGUGAGACAACAAGCUUCUGCAGCAGGCUGCCCAGUUAGUGAGGUACUGCUGCUCAGGAGAGGGCUAGGAGGAAUUGAAUGGACUCCAUGUUGUAUCUAUAUAGUUUCUAUUUUUGUUGGUUUUGGGGAAUUGACUUUUGUGCUUGGUGGCAAAGCCAGGUCAGCGUCACCGCAUGCUGGUGUGCCAAUUCAGUUUAUGUUAUUGCUAAGCCUUUGCCAUGUCUCGACUACCUCUCAUGUUGUGCUCUGGGUGGUUCAGGACAGGGCAGAGCUGCAGAUAUCCAAGCCCAGACACAAGCACUUUCCUUUUGAAGCUUCCACGCUGCUGUCAGUGCCAGAAGGGCAGUGCCACCAUCACAGCGAUGCUGCUGGAAGAUUGUUCCCUUUGGUGCUGGGAGCUUUGUGCCAGACACAGCGCUUCCCUCUGGAGUCUGGCAGGAGGUGCAACUCGUUGGCUGCAGCCUGCUCUGUUCUGUGCUGUGUGGCAGCAGCAGCUCCUGUGGUACUUCUGAGCAAGAGGAAGAAGCCUCGCUAGGAAAGGUAGCCUGGUUUUAUUUCUUUUUAGCACUUUUCUGACGAUGGGAUGAGAACAGCUAAGAUUGUACAAGAUUAGUUGAAGUUCUGUGUUUAACUUUUAUUUGCUUGUUUUUAAAACCUCUGUUUACCAUGGUCAUGUAAGUCAGAGCUGGAAUGGAAUGUGACCCUUCCAUGCCUGGGGAAGUUUUUGUGUGGAUGGAGGCUGGGGUUUGUCAGCAUGAGCCUGGACCCUCUUGAAACACACUGUUGCUCAUAAUCCUGUGCCCCAAGGGCAGGGAGCCUCCGUGGGUAGGCUUCAUCCAGCCACCAGCAUUGCCACUUCAAUACCAACCUCCUGCUGCCCUGCCUGCAGAGGGCUCUUGGAGCAGUACAGGAGAUGUUAACCAACAAGGCAAAGAGUCUGUUUCAAGUAGCAGCAUCGCUUGUGGUGGCUUACAGUGGGGCAGCUGGGAUGUUUGAGCUCAUGACACUCUCCAGAGCAGUUUCAAGGCCAGGGGUUGCUUGUGCUGGUCUCUUUGGUGUGCAGUGGGGAAGCAGUAUGGCUUCAUGUUUGCUGAAAGGGAACGGUGUGCCUGUGCGUGGGGCUGCACACCCUCAUAGCAUGUUCAAAGACCUUUUCCUUCUCUGAUACUAUCUGUGUCCUCCUGUACGCUGUUGUAACUGGGUCUGCUGGUGAAAGACUUCCACGUCCAUAGAAAACAUACUUUCUGAAGUGACUCAAGGUGUCUCCUUGUCGAUCUAUGUGCAUCUGGACGACUUCCAGGUGAGACUCCCUGGGAUGAGGAAGGCACCAGGCAGUUUGAAGCUCCCUGCGCCCUGCCUGACUCACAGCUCUGAAAAGCUUUCGUCACAGUGGCUCAUGUUUUGCGCUGGGGAACCACCUGCAGUGUUUGGGUCUGAGGAGGGAGGGAGGAACUCUUUGCCUGCUGACUCACGUGUCUCUUCCUGCAGGCUGAAAGCUCAGAGCAGCAGAGCAGGAUUGGUGAUCAGCUCCGGCUGAUUUCAUAAUCAUCAUGGUCCUUAUCUGGAAGCUGCCCUCAUAGACUGUCAGAUAAGUCAUUUCUCCUCUACCAAACCUAAAGUACCGAUAUUCAAGGCUGUGUUGAGCAAUACUUGCACUUCCACCAGUCUGACCUGCUUUUAUCUCUCCACCACAAAGCACUUCUGAAUUUUGGAGGAUGCCCUGGGGGCUUCAGUGGGGCUGUCACCUGUGUUAUCUGCACCUGGGCCGUUGGGAGGGAGCUGUAUGGAAACAUGCCUGGGAGCAUUUGUCAUAAGGACCAUUUUGGAUGGCCCUGAGCUCACCUUCCUGCUCAGGGCAGUGAGUUGUGCCAGGCUCCAGGCAGCACCUAACUGACAUUGCAGUUGAGGGCAGUUGGAUGCAGCUGGUGGUUCAGGAGCUGAAUUCCUCUUUGCUCAGUUAUUUCUCUGUUUUUCUGAUCUGACUGCACAGUAAAGAUCCCUAUAUUGGCACUUUAA